UUUGGCCAAAACGAUCUUAAGUGACAUAAGUGACGCGCCAUUUUUGGACCGCCAUGGCCCGUCGAUGCCCGGAUGUACAUAGCUGAUUUGCCAUGGGCGCUCUCGGCCAUGACAUGUUCCUGGCUGUUCCGCUCCUUUUGGCCUUGCUUUUGCCGAGUGCAUGGCCGGAGCUUUGCUGGGUCUUGAUCGCCUUGCUGCUCCUGCGCUGGAAGAUGUCUAGACCGACCGCGCAGUCCGUCGCCCCUGGUCCGAGCCUUCGACCGAAGAGCCCGGGCGUUUGGUCCGUGGGUCUGCAGGUGGCCUUCAUUGUUCUCAUCGGCAUCUCGAAAUUCUUUGUCAAGUACUCCCCUUGGCUGCCUGAAGCGUCCAUUGCCGCGUUGCUCCUCCACACCGUGUAUAUACUAGUGGUGCCGGAGCAGUCAAAAGAUGAAGAGGCAUCUCAGGUGCCAGCUGCUCCAGCUGCUUCAAAGGUGCCACGAGAUUCCAAAAAGCUCGAGAAGGUGGAGAAAGCCGAGAAGCUGGAUAAGGCCAAGCCCAAAGCUCGCAAGGGCUUAGCUAGCUUGGACGUAUCCCGCUGGGCAGAUCUCGAGGAGGAGGAUGAGUUUCAGGAGGUGUUGGCUGCGAAACUUGGAAAUGCUAAGCCAUCGACAGCAGCUGAAGCACCUGCAGAAGCCGCCAAUACUGCUGCUGUGCUGUCAGAGGAGGUGGAGGCCGUGGAGGCAGAUCCAGAGCCAGACAGGCCCAAAAGAAAGGCUAAAGCAAAGAAGCCACGGGAAGGGGGAGUUCGAAAGGAUGAGACGCCCAACCCGCUGGGGGGACCUGGAUCUGCGAGAUGAAGCUCCCGCUUCUUUUUCCUUGCCAAUGGACGGUCCAGAAGUGAAGAAUGCAUGUUUCGUAGACUAAAUCAGCCAUUUUGUUGCACAUUGUUUCAGUGCAACAUUCUUGUUAUUUUUUUGAGCGAUCGGUUUCUUGGUCACAACUUAAAGCAGGUUAUUUGAUGGCAUUGCUCGGUGAGGGUUUCUCAACAAGCUGGGUUUGCUGGCUUAGGGGUGAACUCUUCAGUUUCUUUCGCGUUGGUUGGUCUUUGCUUGGUGCAAAUGCACCGUUCACUUCCCCAAAUCAGCCCAGCACAAGAUCUAAUCACCCCCCCAGUCCAGGGUUCCAGGAGGGCGCCCUCCAAGCAGCAGGCGAGGAGAAGAGAUGUCAUGAGUCAUUCGGGUAGCGAGACCGAGAUGUGGGAGAUGGAGUCGAGGAGAGAAGCGACAGGUUUGACAGCAUGGCAUUUCAAGAUAUUCGAUGAUUUUGAGAAACAUUGAUUUGAUCUAAAGGUGUAAAACAUUGGACACUGUGGGGAUGCUACUUGGAGUGAUGUCUUCACGGGUGACCAGAGGGCAAUUGUGGUCCAAGCAUGUUUGUGUUCUCAUAGUGGCACUGGUGUGCUUAUUACGCCGUCUACUCCAAGCAUGUCCAUCUUUAUGUCGGAUCUGAAAGCCCCGCACCACCAUUUUGUCCCACUCCUCCAGGCCUUGUCGUCCGGCGUGUCAA